GUGUGUAAACCAGACAUGGCGCUGCUGUAAAGUGAAGAAACGCAGGCAUCGAUCUGUACCCUGGAAAAUCAUCUCACAUAUUCUGUUUCAAAGGAAUUAUAAUCACCAGGACCUUGUUUUGCAAUAUAGUGCAGGAACGUUGUUUACUGAAGUAACACAGCUGUUUUAUUCAACUGUGAACGCUAGUCAUCGUGUGUGGUUUACAGUUGCUACAAAGUUACAGGGGUAUCUAUUGGACAGGAUGCUACUGUGACCUUUCAGCGGGAUACACUGCAAUGGAUCGCUGGAGUUAAGUUCUGUCAGGUCAAUCUGACAGUGUUGCUUUCAUCUAGAAAACGCUUGGGUUUUUGGUAUUUAAAGACUCUGGAGCACCUUACAGAGACCAUGCCAGCUAAAACCAAAUACAAUUUAGUGGAUGAGGGUCACGAUCUGAGGAUUCCUUUACACAACGAAGAGGCAUUCCAACAUGGGGUCAAUUUCGAAGCCAAGUACAUUGGUAGUCUGGAUGUGCCUAGACCAAACAGCAGGGUGGAAAUAGUUGCUGCUAUGAGAAGAAUACGGUACGAAUUUAAAUCCAAGAACAUCAAGAAGAAAAAAGUCAACAUAGUGGUGUCUGUGGAUGGGGUCAAAGUCGUUCUGAGAAAAAAGAAGAAGCUUCCUAUGUUUUCACAGAAAAAAGAAUGGACUUGGGAUGAGAGCAAGAUGAUGGUGAUGCAGGACCCCAUCUACAGGAUAUUCUAUGUAUCCCACGAUUCCCAGGACCUGAAGAUUUUUAGCUACAUUGGCAGGGAUGGUGCAAGCAACAUUUUCCGGUGUAAUGUCUUCAAGUCCAAGAAAAAGAGUCAAGCCAUGAGGAUUGUGAGAACGGUGGGGCAGGCGUUUGAGGUCUGUCACAAACUCAGUCUGCAGCACACGCAGCAGAACGCCGAUGGGCAGGAAGAUGGGGACAGUGAAAAGAACAGCGUUGACUCAGGGGUUCCAGCUCGCCAGCUGACAGGAGCUGAGAAAUCCGUCGCAGAAGAGACCGACAUUGACGCAGAGGAAGUGCCCUUACCUGACAGCACCGUCGAUGAGUUCAAUCGCGGGGUGACUGACCUGGACACUGCCAAGACUGAACAAGAUACCUGUAACGAGAAGAAGAUCUCAGAAGAGAACAUAAUGCUGGCGACUCCCAAGAUGCUGCUGCCCCCAUCGUCAAGCCAACUUCCUGCAGGAACUCCCCUCUCGGUACACCACCAAAUUCAGCUCCUCCAGCAACAACUGCAGCAGCAGCAACAGCAGACACAAGUAUCUGUGGCUCAGGUUCAUCUGUUGAAAGACCAGCUGUCUGCAGAGGUGGCUGCCAGAAUCGAGGCCCAGGCCAGGGUCCACCAGCUCCUGCUGCAAAACAAGGAUAUGUUGCAGCACAUCUCGCUGCUGGUGAAGCAGGUGCAGGAGCUGGAGCUGAAAUUCUCUGGACAUGACUCAAUGGGCUCUCAGGACAGCUUACUAGAGAUCACGUUCCGUGCAAACGUGCCGCCCGUGCUGUGCGACCCAACCACCCCGAAGUCAGAGGACGUCACCCUGCCACAGCUCAGUGAUGGGACACAGCUCUCAAUGCCGCUGGGCAGCCCCUUAGUUGACCAAAGCAUGUUUGAGAACUCCAAUACAGCCCACAUGCCAAAGCUUCAGCACGUCUCUGCAUUAAGUAAGCGGAUGGCAGCUACCUCUUCGACAUCAGUCAGUGCUAAUGAAUCCACAGCGAGCGGCCCCAAGUCCGCUAGCAAUCAACACUUGAAAAACGCUCUUAACUUGGGGAAAGCCAUGGGAGCAAAGGUCAAUGACCUUCUGAGAAGAAAGGACCAGACCAGCCUGGGAGAUAUCGGAGUCACCGAAGUGAACAAGAACGCAGGAGCCAUGCUGUCCUGCACAGAGAAUACCAGACAAGGGACCAGUGGCAACAGCCAAAAACUACUUGAGACAUUUCCCAGGCUGGACCCACCACCACCAGGCAAGAAACGCAUGCCCCGUGCAUUGAGGACCACUCAAGACAUGAUGAUCUCCUCUGACCCAGUGGUCAAUACCCCUGAGGUAUCUGACACCUACACUGCAUCCCCUGACAAGACCCCACUAAUUAAGAAUGACAAGCCAGAGGAGGAGGGGGAGGAGGAGAAGAAGACGAUGACGACAUCAUUGACAAGCAAACCUAACUUUGAGGAAAAGAAAGAGGAAAAUUCCAAGGUCUUUAUCUCUGGCCAAGCAGAGGAAAACCUGGAGGACAAGUCCCAGCUUCUCCACUCAGUUCCUGACCUUAUCCAUAAAGACACACUGGACCUUAAGCAGAAGCCUGGAUGCCCUGAGGAAAGGAUCGCCUCCACACCAUGUUGUGGUAAACCAGACCAGCAGUUCAGCAUCAGUAAAGAAGAUCUUCUGAAUGGCUCAGAAGACUCUGGUCUUCCCAGGCAAAGGUGCUCCAGUGUUGACAAUGAGGAGCAUCAUCCAGACUUGCUGUCAUUUGAGUAAACCACUCACUGGUACAAUAUUCAAUUAUCAAUUGACUUUAAUGAAUAUUGUGGUGUUUUGGAGUAGUUCUGAUCACGUAAUCUAGCCUUCUCACAAAGUUGUGUCUAACACCCUAAUAAUGCCAGCUUUUACAAGUAAAUAUCACUGCUGUUAUGUUUUACAAAAAUUAUAGUAUGGGCAUAAUUACCACAGUAUUGCUCCCUAACAAUUAAUUUUAAAAAAGGGAUUAGUUAAGGUGAUUUAUGAACCAAUAUGCUUUAGAACUGUUUUGAAAAGUUAAGUUUGUAUUUUGAAUACUGCAAAUGUUAUGGCAACAUAAGUUGACAAGGGUGCUAGAUGGCAGUUUCCAUUAUUCAUUUGCGAAAAAAAUAUUAAGGUAGUGGAAUUUAGUUAUUACUGAGGAAGUCUAAUAUACCAUUUAGAGAAUGCACUCUGAUGUGCAAGUUCUUAAAUGUCAUUCAAUUGGUAAAUGAUAGAAAAUCGAAGUUUAAUUCAUUGAACAUUCGCUAUUCAGCUUUGUGAGAAGGCUCGUCAUGAUUCUGGGUCUUACAAGUUGGAAAUCAUGCCAGUACAACACCAGAAAAGAAACUGAUGGACCAAAUAAUUUUUUCUGUUAACCAAAGUGAGCAGUGUCUCAUUGUAGUCUCAGAGUAAGGUUUUCUGUGUGGUAUAGUUGGAUGCAGACUGGAAUAAUCAGUCCAAACAUCAAACAAUGCAAGCGUCAGUGAUGCCAUGUGGUAUGCAGUGUCCUUCAAACAACUGCAUUUCAACGUCACCAACCAAAAAGUCAUCUUCUGCAUGUUUAGUGGCAAUCAGUAGACUGACUGUAGCAAGUCCUGAUGUCUGGUGCCCCUUUCAUUCCAUGAUUGCUCUUGUCUCCUCAAAUCAGUCUGCUGCUGUUAGUGUUUUAACCACUAUUUUUAACUACUGUUUUAUUCCUUUAUAAAGUUCUCGUUGAUGUGACUAGAAUACAUUUCGGCUAUGCUUCCACUAGACCUUUUCCAUGUGAAACCUAUUACAUCCGGGUCUUCUGAAGGUGUAAUAUAGUAGGAAGUCUCCACUAGCAAAUGUGUAAUGAAAGAAGUGAAGACCAGUUUAUUGUAUCCUUUUAAUAUUUGCUUAACUAAAAUGUUUUAAAUGCCACACACCACUAUCAUUUAGGAUAUGUAAAAUGUACUGUACUCCAUACAGAGCACUAAUUAUAUGUCUCCUCUGUGCACUAUAUUGAUUUUGCACUAUGUGUAUCAGGAUGUCUAGUUCAAUCAGUUUGUCAAUUACACUGAUCUUGCAGCAGUAAUGUGUGUAUUAACCCCAAAAAUGGAUACUGCAUAUUUUAUAUGAAGAAGGGAGCGUGCAUACUGGCAACAUUGUUUAUAUAUAUAGAAUCGAAAAGGUAGUUUUUAGAAAUACGUUUUUAGAAAUAUAUUAACAACACUGUUUUAAAUUAAUAUUUUUCA